AUGCCGUGCGGUGAGAAGCUUGUGGUGAGAGACACGUGCAGAUCUGGUGUUCAAGAAGAGGUUCCUCGACAGGAAUUUGCUGUUCAAGAAGAGAUUGCUCGACCUGAACUCCCAAAGUGUGAGAUACAGCAAUGCAGAAGCAGUGACCCUGCUGAAUGGGAAGUGAAUGUGGAUAUACUCAACUAUUAUGCUGAUCAUAUUCCAUCACAAAACUUGGAUGCAGGAUUCUCCAAAAGGGGUCGACAGUUCGGUGACAAAAAGCGGUUGCAGCAUCAGAAACAUACUAGAAUAGAGGCUGAGCUGGAAAAAGUCAAGCAAGAAGCAUAUAGAUACUGGUUUAAAGUUCUGAAAAGAAUUGUAGCUGUUGUGAGAUUUCUUUCGGAGAGAGGCUUAGCCUUUCGAGGUGACAAUGAGGUUGUUGGUAGCCCAAACAAUGGGAAUUUCCUUGGGUGUUUAGAGCUAUUGGCUGAAUUCGAUCCUUUUCUUCAUGACCAUGUUGAAAAAUUAAAAAAUCCUGGAAAAGGACACGUGUCUUACCUCUCUUCGACAGUAUGUGAAGAAUUUAUAGGCCUGAUGAAAAUGAAAGUUAAGGAACAUAUAAUUACCGAAAUCAAAGAUUCAAAGUACUAUGGUGUCAGCAUUGAUUCUACCCCGGAUAUUAGCCACACUGAUGAACUUGCUGUAAUACUCCGAUAUGUGCUCUCUGAUGGAAUGGUUGUGGAAAGAUUUGUGCAGUUCAUCCCAAUUGAAAGACAUGAUGGCAAGUACCUCUUUGAUACACUGACCAACUUUUUUCAACAAAAUGGAAUAGAUAUUGCGUGGUGCAGAUCACAGUGUUAUGACAAUGCAAGCAACAUGAUUGGGAUAUACUCCGGUGUGCAAUCAAGAUUCAAAGAAGUCAAUAACUUGGCAGAGUGGGUACCAUGUGCAGCCCAUAGCCUGAAUUUGGUAGGCUCUGUUGCUGUGGAAAAUUGCACAGCGGCUGUCAAUUUUUUUGGUGUUGUACAGUGCAUUUACAAUUUCUUUUCAGCUUCACCACAAAGAUGGAGUAUACUUACUGAAAGUCUCAAAAACCCCAUAAAUGCUUAUGCAGUUCACAGUAUGUCAGAAACUAGAUGGUCUGCAAGAAGUGAUGCAGUGUCAGCCCUAUUCUUGAACUACUCAGAGAUUAGACAGAGUCUGAUCAAUGUUGCAGAAUUUACUGGGCAACCUCCUUCAGCUGCUCAUGAAGCUAAAUCCCUUGUCAAGAAACUUGAUGCAUUUGAGACUGCACUAAUUUGUAUUAUUUGGAAUGAUUUGCUUAAAAAAAUUAACAUAGUCAAUAAAGCUAUUCAAGAGCCUGGAAUUGAAUUGGGAACAGUUGUAAAGAUGUAUGACAGUCUUCUGGCAUAUUUUUCUGAAAUCCGUGAUAAAUUUGAGAGUUUUGAAGAAACGGCAAAGGAAUUCUCUAAAAGUGACUACAAAGAGGAGAUGCAGGGUGAACGCAAACGUAUGAGGAAACAGUUUUUUGGUGAAGGAGCCAGGGAUGACACGGUCUCAACCAUGACUGCAAGUGACAGAUUUAGAACACAGACAUUUUAUCCUAUUGUAGACAAGCUCAUUGUUCAGAUGGGUAGACGCCAAGAAGCAUAUUCAGUGUUGUGUGACAGAUUUGGUUUCCUGGUUGACAAAUCACUGUCCCAGGAUAAAGUGAUCCUGAAAGCCAGAAAUCUAGUGAAGACUUAUUCCAGUGAUUUGGAAGAAUGUUUUGCUGAUGAGUUUUUGCUAUUCUCAAAUAUGUACCCGGAGGAGAAAACCGUGAAUGGAAUGCUGUGGAUUAAUAACCAGUUUUCCUAA